CAGUGUGCGGUGCACACGCGUUAUCACUUCCGUGUCAAGGGAUUUCAGCAGCAGUCUGCCACUAGCGGCUCGCUACAACCGCCUCUGACUCCCGAAUACCGUUUUGUGCUCUCACCUUUCUUGCGUCGCUCACCGAGAUCAAUGGCCGAGGAUAGGAGAAACCGGGAUAAGGAUGACGAUCUCCCGGUGUAUCUGGCUAGACCAGGCACGACUGCCCAGGUACCAAGACAGAAGUAUGGGGGCAUGUUCUGCUCGGUGGAAGGAGCGUACGAGAGCAAGACUUUGGAUUUCGAUGCGCUCAGCGUCGGUCGCAGGAGUUCUCGGAGCUCGCGGAGCUCCGGUCAGCACGGCCCGUCCCGGGACACCGAGGCUUCCAGCGAUACGGCCAGCGUGGCGAGCGAGAGCUCGGGGCCGGCUGACAAUCCGGGGGUGCAAAUCACAAUAGCGGGCGGCAAGGAAAGGCUGCAAAACCGAGAUGACCUGCAGAGUGACCGACUGUUGAUCAAAGGAGGCCGGAUUGUCAACGAUGACCAGUCCUUUUAUGCUGACCUCUACAUGGAAGAUGGGCUCAUCAAGCAAAUAGGUGACAAUCUGAUUGUCCCUGGAGGAGUGAAAAUCAUUGAGGCUAACGGCAAGAUGGUUAUUCCUGGGGGAAUCGAUGUGCACACCCACUUUCAGAUGCCUUACAAGGGGACCACCACUGUGGAUGAUUUCAUUCAAGGAACAAAGGCCGCCCUGGCAGGUGGAACCACCAUGAUAAUUGACCAUGUGAUCCCAGACCCUGAGAGCAGUGUCAUCGCCGCGUACGAGAAGUGGCGGGAGUGGGCAGAUAGCAAGUCAUGCUGUGAUUACGCCCUUCACGUGGACAUCACUGACUGGAACGAUGGAGUGAAGGAAGAGAUCCAGACCCUGGUCAAAGAGAAAGGUGUGAAUUCCUUCCUGGUCUACAUGGCAUACAAGGAUUUAUAUCAAAUGUCAAAUGCUGAGCUCUAUGACAUCUGUAAGUAUGUGGGUGACCUUGGAGCAAUAAUGCAAGUUCACGCAGAGAAUGGUGACAUCAUUGCCCAGGAACAAAGACUCUUGCUGGAGAUGGGGAUCAGUGGCCCAGAGGGACACGUGCUUAGUCGACCAGAGGAGCUGGAAGCAGAAGCUGUUUUCCGCGCAAUCACAAUCGCUGGCCAGACCAACUGUCCUCUCUAUGUCACAAAAGUAAUGAGUAAGACUGCAGCAGAUAUCAUAGCCCACGCCAAGAAAAAAGGAAACAUUGUGUUUGGAGAACCAAUAAGUGCCAGCCUUGGCACAGAUGGCACACACUAUUGGAGCAAAAAUUGGGCCAAGGCUGCAGCUUUUGUGACUUCACCACCACUCAGCCCGGAUCCCACUACACCUGAUCACCUGGUCUCCCUCUUAUCAAGUGGCGACUUGCAAAUAGUGGGAAGCGCCCAUUGCACAUUCAGCACAGCCCAGAAGGCAAUUGGAAAGGAUGACUUCACCCAGAUUCCGGAAGGUACAAAUGGAGCCGAGGAGCGCAUGUCCAUUAUCUGGGACAAGGCCGUGGCAACUGGUAAAAUGGACGAGAACAUGUUUGUGGCUGUAACGAGUACCAAUGCUGCCAAAAUCUUCAACCUGUACCCAAGAAAAGGCAGAGUGGCAGUUGGGUCUGACAGUGAUCUAGUGAUUUGGGAUCCAGAUGCAGUGAAGACCGUGUCUGCCAAAACUCAUCAAUCUGCUGCUGAGUACAAUAUCUUUGAGGGGAUGGAGUUAAGUGGGGCUCCUGUUGUUGUCAUUAGCCAGGGGAAGAUCGUGCUGGAAGAUGGAAACCUUCAUGCCACUCCAGGAAAUGGGCGCUUUGUCCCUUGUAAGCCCUUCUCGGACUACGUACACAAGCGCAUCAAGGCACGAAAACAGUUGGCACAGGUGCGUGGUGUACCCAGAGGAAUGUACGAUGGUCCAGUGUAUGACCUAGGGACCCCUAAAGCAGGAACUCCCUCAGCAUCAGCCAAGACAUCCCCCUCGAAACAGCCCCAACCAGUUCGAAAUCUACACCAGUCUGGCUUCAGCCUUUCCGGAAGAACUUCUGAUGGGUUAACAAAAUCUAAUGCAGGAGCUCAAGUGGAUGACGGCCCUCGUCGCAGUGGUCACCGCAUUGUUGCGCCUCCUGGUGGCCGUUCAAACAUCACCUCGCUCAGCUGAAGUCCACAGCAGGAAGGGAGGGGAAUCAAGAGACAGAGCGAGAGGAGAGAAAGGAGAAUGGGAAGGGUGGGUGGGGGAAGAAAGAAAUCAUGCCAUAACGAUGAAACAUUGCAGAAAAAUCAAAAAUUUAACUGUUUGUCCUACAUGAAAAAUAAAAUUACUUUGGAUUGAAUUUUGACAGUGCCUCAAGCCUUUAUUGAUGAGAAAGCUACUUUGCUAUUGCUUUAAUAUGUCUUGUUUAUUUAGCCUUAAGCCUUCAGGUUUUACCCAUUGAUAGCAAGGUUGCAAUGAUUACAGUCACCUGUUAAAUGCUUUUAACAAGCUCUGCUUUGUCAUAACAAAUUCAUAUUUUACAUGUAAUCAUUUCUUUUGAGUCUUUAAUUUGAAGGAAAGUAGUUUUGGUUUACAUUUAGUCCCUUCGUUCAGAUGGUUCCUAAUUUAGUGGAAGUGCUUUGAUUCUUUUAUUGGGGCAGUACGGUGGGGUAACAGCUAGUGCAGUGUUUUACAAUGCUAACUGUAAGAUCAGGGUUUAAAUUCCACUGCUGUCUGUAAGGAGUUUAUAUGUACUCCCCAUGACCACACGAUUUUCUCCAGGUGCUCUAGUUUCCUCCCACAUUCCAAAAGACGUACAGUUAGAGAUGGUGAGUUGGGGCGUGCUGUGUUGGCGCUGGAAGCGUGGCGACACUUGUGGGCUGCCACCACAAUCCUUGCAGAUCUGACUUCAUGCAAACGAUACAUUUCACUGCAUGUUUCAAUGUGUAUGUGAUAAUUAAAGCUAAUCUUUACUCAUUAAUGUUUAUUGUUGAAACUUAGAUAGUUUGUUGCUCUGUACUUGGAUUGCAUGUAUUAGCUUUGUCAAGAAAAAUCUUACUUUCCCCUUUCCAAGCCAACAGGUUUUGGGUGGAAACUGCAGAGGAACGCAACCACUGCAUCUGGCCAGUGUUGGCUGUGUGUGUGUGAGAGAGCGAGACAGAGGGAGCUUGAUGAAUAUUUUUGAAGGCAGUUGUCCACCUUUCAACAUGGUUACUAUUUUGCUGGAAAUAGUGCAAUUUAAUUGGAAUUUGUGAAAUAAUGGCAUUGCAGUAACCCAUGCUAACCACCCAGUUCUUAGCAAUUCAGAGACUGAUGGCUGGCAAUAAUGCCAGACGUCUACCAUGUCUAAUAAAUCAGACAAGAGACAAGUCAUUCACUCUGAAAUACAAGUGUUCAACCUGUUUGUUACUAUGUUUCAAACAUUAUUUUACAGUGGAUUAAAACAGAUAGUUUUCACAUUUGUCGAAAGGGAGGAAAAGUGUAAACAAUGCAUCACUUGGGCUCUUCAAUAGAAUUCAGUAGAAGUCAAAGGAUUUUGUAGGUGAAUCAGUUGAUUCAAAAGUUGUUUCUACUAAUGGGGAGUUUAUAUUAAUGUCUGUCCAAGUUGAUUCAAUGUUGUCAAUUUGUAAACACUGCAAUCACAAAUAUCAAAGUUUGUGCAGAAAUAUUUCCCUCAGCUGGUGAAAAGUUAAUGUGUCAGUGAUCUGAGUGCUCUUAAAGCAGGGGACUAAUCCAGCAUCCCACUGAUGCCAGUGAACAACCAUAUGUGAUGGCUGAGAUUAGGACUGGAAUUGACUGUGAGGCCUUCUGCACUUGAAUGAUCUGCUGCGGUGGGGAGAGUGGCCAUGUGCAUGUUCCAUUCCCAGUGGAGGCAGGCAGAAUUGUCAAACAUUCGAUUGUUACUGAUCUCUCCACGCUCCGAUCGCCAAAAACAAUUUGUAAAAUUUCCCCCUGUCAUUUUAUAUUAUAAUACUGUAAUCAGUGCAUCCUUUUACAGAACAGCAGCCUUUGAUUUGUAUUCAUUUCAAAUAUUGUGCAUGCUGCUGAAUCUUCAAACAAUUGGCUUGUCAAGACAUACAUUGCAUUGUUUCAAAGACCUAAAGUGCUUUCACACUUAAAUUUUGCUGCUUGCCUGUAUGUGUGCAUUAACACACACACUACCUCUCAACUCCAUGCUAGUUAGAAUCAUGAGGUAUUGUAUCAAUGUAUUAAAAUCACCAUGAAACCUUUAAAAAGGACUCCACAAAAGUUUUAGUGAAAAUCCAGUCAUCGAGCAGUACAGCAGCAACUGGGUUCUUUGAACACUCCCGGAUUACUUCGCUUAUUGUGUUGAUGAAAUGUUUAACGGAUUCGAGGGUUCCUGAACAAAUGCUUUCAAUACUUCGUGUUUUUAGGAUCCAAACUGCUUGUCAAACAUGUAGAGAAUUACAUUUAUAAACAUCUGGGAUAGAAUAUAUAAAAAAAAACAGCAUCUUAUUUCCAUACUCCCAUAUCCACUUUGGACAAUGGCACCCAUUUUGGUUUUAGAAGACCUUCUUGCUUCUAAAUGGUGUUUGCCAGAGAAAGAUACCUUAGCACAGGUUAAUUAUCCCCUUUGUUAUCUCUAGCAAAGCACCCAAAUCUGCCAGUGGCCAUAUCCAUCCAUAAAAUUCUCGUCAGGGAAGUCUGGCUAAACUAUACCCCAGGCCAAAGCUGCCUCCUCUUCAGCACCCUCAAUGUGCCUCUUAAAUACAAUAAGCCUGCUGAUGUUCUUUCUAUCAUAGAAUUUCAGAUGACCAAGGUAUUCAGAGUGAAAUUUACUACCCAAAUGAAGAUUGAUUAAUAACUCAUUUAGAUGCAGGACUUAACAGAUUUUUUUUCAAGGCAACAGGUUGAUCAAGAUAGGUUAUUUUAAAAUCAGAAUCAUCAGUGGUAGGUAGAUUGUGUUAUAUAUUUUUUAAAAAGCACAUCAAGGAUCUUUGUAAUUGAUGAGAGCAAUGAAAUGGAGUUACUCUUUACAGGAUUUUUUUAAAGCAGGGUGCUACAGGGCAGGCCUCAAUCAAACAAAUAAGACAGACUAAAAUGUACUUCAUUCAGCUUUAAAGUGGGUUCCUAUUGCAACCAUUUUACUUUUUAAGGUUCAUUAACUGAAGGGGGAAAUCUCUUCAUCAGAUAUAUACACAUUGCUCUUUUUAAAUAUCUAAUGCUUUGCUUUUUUUUCUUUCUGAUUGGUAAUGGGUUCUAUGUAAUGUGCAGACAAAGGGUAUAGGAGGCUGUUUUGUGUCUGUUCCAGGAUGUGCCGGGUGUGUUGCUCAUAUUAGUAGGUGCAGUUUCUUUGUAAUCUUUUUAAAAAAGGAAAGUUAAAUUCUCUAGUUGGAGGUUUGAACAGCUGAUGAUUUUUAAUUUCCAUUUUCUUCCAAAAUGCUGUUUUUAAGAUGUGUAAGGACAACAUUACCAAGGUGAUUGAUGUUUAGAAAUUGUUUCUUGUAUUUAAUUAUGUUUGUAUCUACCGUACAUGUCUUCGACUAAUAAAUUUAUGCAAAUAUAGCUUC